AGGAGUGGGCAAAAGAGUGCCCUGCCUGACCCAGACGGGGAGCCAAGGCCCAUUGCCCAGGGACUAUGACCUGGGCGGAUCUCAGCGUCAGCUGGAGGAGCGGGACAUGAGAAUAAAGCUGGGACCCAGUCACCUGCGUCGGAGCUGUCUGCUGGCUGCAUCUAGGACCUUGGGGCGCCAGGAACACAUGUGACAGGGGCUGUGGCCAGAGGGCCCUGCCUAGACGGGACAGCAAGGGCUGCCUUCAGGGGUGUGGCCACCUGGCCCAAGUCCCUGGGGGUAGGAGGGCAGAGUUCUGCACAGCUGGCAGUGGUAGGGCCUGAGGUCUGGGCUCAGGGAUGUGGGGUAGUGAAGCCCCUGUGGCCUUGCCACCAUCCUCUCCCAGGGCACCUUCUUCUCUGCUUUCUUCCUGCCUCCUCAUCGUCUCUCCCCACACCCCUUUGUGGGUUGAGCCCUUGCUCCAGGGAGCUCAUGGCCGCACAGAGGUGAGACUGAUGGUGGAUCUCUGAGGAUGCCCUCUACGAUGACGAUGACGCCUGUGAAGGGGGGCAAUUAGACUGGGUGGCAGGAUGUGAGUCAGGGUACCUGGAGCCACCCUGGGGAGGGCGGGGCUGCCCCAGGCAGAGAUGAGAGAACUUGAAUUUGGGGUGAGUGGAGCCAGGAAGGGCAGCCAGCCCAGCCUCUCCAGCAACCCAUCAACCUUAGCAGCCUCUCUUGUCUCUCAGCUGGAGCUUCCCAGGAGAGUGGAGUGGGGUGGACCUCUGGCCUUCAGCCGGCAGAGGAGCUGAAAGUCCCCUCCCAUAGGCCUCAGGGUGGGGGCUCUCAUGGUUGUCCCACUGUGCUUGGUGGCCCCUGUCAGUAGUCAGGGAGCAGGAGGCAGGAAGUGGGGAGGGGGGACAGAGGCUCUGGAAGAGAGGUCAGCCAGCUCUGGCCUGGUGUGGAGAGGGGACUACCCCUGUGCACUCUGAGGUCCCUUUAUUUGUUGUUUAUGGAGAGAAAAAGAGGGAGCUAGAGGGAGGUAUUUUUGGCAAGGUCUCACUGUGACAUGACCCUCCUGCCCCAUAGUUCUCUAGGACCCCAGGUGUGUGCUGCUGGGCAUGUGUGUUUGGGUUGGCCCAGAAACCAAGCCUGGGCAUCGCAUGUGCCUUCCAGUCUCCCAAGGGGUGGCACUAUCUGUGCACCACCAGGGCUGGGCCAGACAUUCCCGUUUUGAGGCCUGCUGGGGGCUGCGGGCUGGGCACCACACCAAGGACAAUGGGAUAGACUCGCAUGAGGUGUGCAAGGACCCUGGUGGGCUGUGAAUGGGGGCCGGGGUGCUUCUACAGCCCCCUCUAAAGAGAUCCCCUUCCUGCCAUGGGGUCCCACAUGUGAUUCCAGGAUUCAGUGACAGGGUGUGAACUUCAGAGGGUCUGAGGCUCCCACACCUCUUCUGUAAAGGCAAGUCCACGGGACAAGGGUCUUGGCUGCCACUCGGGGAGCCCUGGGAUGACAGAGCUGGGCUGAGCUCCCACUGCAUGAUAUCUGGGUGACUUCUGGUGACUUUUCGUAGUCUCCCCAGCCUGUGAACACUGGCCUCACCAAGUGAGAGGUGCCAGGCUGAGGCUAUGCUGCAGCAGCUGGCCUCAGGCUGCUCAUCCAACAAGUGGACACCGACCCCUUCCCCUAGUUCAGUGACCCUAAGCUAGGCAGGUGGGUUGUCACUUUCACUGGUGGCUAGGGGAAUUAAACAGAUGAGGGUUGCCCUUGGGGCUGGCCCUGGGGGAGGGCUCAGUAAAGCCUGUGUGGGUCCUCCUCCCCACCUCGGGGCACAGGCUCCUGGUGUCCUCCACAUCAGGGGCUGGCGGCCGGCGUCCUGGGGCAGACACCUGGUUGGAGGCCCAGCAGAGAACCAGGUUAUCCACGCCGGCACAUGGUUCCCACGGGUGAUUCCAGAUCCCACGGAGGGUCGAGGGGGGUUUCGGAGCGCACAGUCCUGGCCCUAGCCUCGGGACACAGCGCCGCCCCUGCCAGUCGCCCACCAGCCGCCUGCUCUGGCCGCCUGCACUGUCACGUUCCAGCCGCCUGACUCAGGCGGAGUGGGGCGGGGAGCUGGGAGGCGGUGCUGGCGCCCGCCUCGGCCCCGGAGGCGGCACCAGGAAGCGCCCGCCCCGGCCGGAGCCGCCAUGUAACCGGCGCCGCCCGGAGCCCAAGCUGUGCGGGGGCCCCAGAGACCCGCCCGCCAUGGGGGACGAGGACGAGGAUGAGGGCUGCGCGGUGGAGCUGCGGAUCACGGAAGCCAACCUGACUGGGCACGAGGAGAAGGUGAGCGUGGAGAACUUCGAGCUGCUCAAGGUGCUGGGCACGGGAGCCUACGGGAAGGUGUUCCUGGUGCGGAAAGCGGGUGGGCACGACACGGGGAAGCUGUAUGCCAUGAAGGUGCUGCGCAAGGCGGCGCUCGUGCAGCGCACCAAGACGCAGGAGCACACGCGGACUGAGCGCUCGGUGCUGGAGCUGGUGCGCCAGGCGCCCUUCCUGGUCACGCUGCACUAUGCCUUCCAGACUGAUGCCAAGCUGCACCUCAUCCUGGACUAUGUGAGUGGCGGCGAAAUGUUCACCCACCUCUACCAGCGCCAGUACUUCAAGGAGGCUGAGGUGCGCGUGUACGGGGGUGAGAUCGUGCUGGCCCUGGAGCAUCUGCACAAGCUGGGCAUCAUCUACCGAGACCUGAAGCUGGAGAACGUGCUGCUCGACUCAGAGGGCCACAUUGUCCUCACCGACUUCGGGCUGAGCAAGGAGUUUCUGACGGAGGAGAAAGAGCGGACCUUCUCCUUCUGUGGCACCAUCGAGUACAUGGCCCCUGAAAUCAUCCGCAGCAAGGCAGGGCAUGGCAAGGCUGUGGACUGGUGGAGCCUGGGCAUCCUGCUCUUCGAGCUGCUAACGGGGGCCUCGCCCUUCACCCUGGAGGGCGAGAGGAACACGCAGGCUGAGGUGUCCCGACGGAUCCUGAAGUGCUCCCCCCCCUUCCCUUCCCGGAUCGGGCCCGUGGCGCAGGACCUGCUACAGCGGCUGCUUUGCAAGGAUCCCAAGAAGCGACUGGGCGCAGGGCCCCAGGGGGCACAAGAAGUCAAGAAUCACCCCUUCUUCCAGGGUCUGGACUGGGCUGCUCUGGCUGCCAGGAAGAUUCCAGCCCCAUUCCGGCCCCAGAUCCGCUCAGAGCUGGAUGUGGGUAACUUUGCAGAGGAAUUUACUCGGCUGGAGCCUGUCUACUCACCUCCAGGCAGCCCCCCACCUGGGGAUCCUCGAAUCUUUCAGGGCUACUCCUUCGUGGCGCCAUCCAUCCUGUUUGACCACAACAACGCUGUGAUGACUGAUGUGCUGGGAGCCCCGGGUGCAGGAGACCGCCCAGGCAGGGCAGCAGUGGCCAGGAGCGCCAUGAUGCAGGACUCGCCCUUCUUCCAGCAAUACGAGCUGGACCUGCGGGAACCGGCGCUGGGCCAGGGCAGCUUCUCCGUGUGUCGCCGCUGUCGUCAGCGCCAGAGCGGCCAGGAGUUCGCAGUCAAGAUCCUCAGUCGCAGGCUGGAAGCAAACACACAGCGUGAAGUGGCCGCCCUGCGGCUGUGCCAGACGCACCCAAACGUGGUGAAACUGCAUGAGGUGCACAAUGACCAGCUGCACACGUACCUGGUCCUGGAGCUGCUGCGGGGCGGGGAGCUGCUGGAGCAUAUCCGCAAGAAGCGGCACUUCAGUGAGUCGGAGGCGAGUCAGAUCCUGCGCAGCCUGGUUUCCGCCGUGAGCUUUAUGCACGAGGAGGCAGGCGUGGUGCACCGCGACCUCAAGCCAGAGAAUAUCCUGUACGCCGACGACGCACCUGGGGCUCCGGUGAAGAUCAUCGACUUCGGGUUCGCGCGGCUGCGGCCGCAGAGUCCGGCGGAGCCCAUGCAGACCCCUUGUUUCACGCUGCAGUACGCUGCGCCCGAGCUGCUGGCGCAGCAGGGCUACGACGAGUCCUGCGACCUCUGGAGCCUGGGCGUCAUUCUGUACAUGAUGCUGUCGGGGCAGGUCCCCUUCCAGGGGGCCUCAGGUCAGGGCGGGCAGAGCCAGGCGGCCGAGAUCAUGUGCAAGAUCCGCGAGGGGCGCUUCUCCCUUGACGGGGAGGCCUGGCAGGGCGUGUCCGAGGAAGCCAAGGAGCUGGUCCGAGGGCUCCUGACUGUGGACCCCACCAAGCGGCUGAAGCUGGAGGGGCUGCGGGGCAGCUCGUGGCUGCAGGAUGGCAGCGCGCGCUCCUCGCCCCCGCUCCGGACGCCUGAUGUGCUGGAGUCCUCCGGACCCGCAGUGCGCUCUGGGCUCAAUGCCACCUUCAUGGCCUUCAACCGAGGCAAACGCGAGGGCUUCUUCCUAAAGAGUGUGGAAAACGCGCCCCUGGCCAAGCGUAGGAAGCAAAAGCUGAGAAGUGCUGCCACCUCCUGUCGUGGCUCCCCGGCGGCGGCUGCUGCGAAGGGGGCCUCCCGCCGAGCCAACGGCCCCCUGCCCCCCUCCUAGCUCCUGCCACUGUGACACCCCUCUUUCCACGGAGGCUGUGACCUGGGAUCCUGGCUCACUGCCCCAGGCUUCUGCGGUGGCUCCGCCUUGAUCCCCAGGGACUGUUCUUCCGCCUCCUCCCCCCAUCCUAGCCCCUGCCCAGCACAGAGCAGAAGUAUUUUUAUAAGCAGAGAAUUUUUUUUAUGUCUUACCAGAUAGAGUUAGAAAUGCAGGGAAGGAGGGGGCCUGCUGGGGAGUAGGGUGUGGGGGACCCUCUCCUAAGACCCUGCCUCAUCUGGGCAGAAGGCUCCUCCCAGGGGGUUGCUCCAACAGGAAGGGGCUCCUCCCCACUUCUAAGCACUGAGUUGCCACGUGGGAUCCCUUGGCUGUUCUCCCUUGAGGCCUGGCUCCUGGGGGGAGGGAGUGCCCCUCAAGCUGUCACUUUAUGGACUGUCUGUGCAAUUGUGUCCACCAAAGACCUGUGUUGGGGAGGUUGAGGGAGGGACCCUAAGGGAUCCUCUGAAGUAUUUCUGCCUCACUUUAUGUCACCUGCUUCUCCCCUACUGGGGCUAAGGAAUGAGGUAGGUGACUCCCUAAAAGGGGAGGCCCCCUUUCACUCACCCCCUUCCCUUUGGCACAGCCGCUCCUGGCUGGGAGUGGGGCCUUAGGGGUCUAGGCUGGGCGUCCACCGUCACUGCCUCAGCCUGCUCAGGCUGUGCCUUUGAAUUUAAAAAUAAAAGUCCACCCGGUGCUGCGUGUGGCAUCUGUGUGUGCAGUGUUGGGGCCUGGGCAUGUCUCUGGUGGAGGGACAGAAAGACUGCUAGCCAAUUGGAUCUCAGACCUUAGAUGGGAGGGACAGGCAGACCCUUCUAGAAUAAGUUACUUUUUUUUUUUUUUUGGCCAGCGGGUGUGUGAGCUUGGUUAUGCCACAGUCCCUUCGGGGCUUUAUGCCCAGUGUGAUUUUCAGACGGCUGGGGCUGUUAUUUGUAGCCGUGUGGUAUCCGACUCUGUUAGCCAGGAGACUGUGAGGUCGGCCCAGAAGGUACCCUGUCCUUGGUGUUUGACAUGAGCGGAAGGGCUAACUUCCACCGGGGGUGUGUAUCUGGCCAGAUCUGCCACCCAUUAUGUGGGGUUUGCUGAGUUGUAAAUGACAGAAUACUCAACCUAAGCUUGCUUAAGUAUGACAGGAGUUUUUAGGCCUUUUAAUUAAAAAAAAAAAUUAUUCAUGAUAAAGUCCAAGCACAUGACAGAGAGAAGGGGAUGAGCACCCUUUACAUAAGUGGUCCCCAAUCUUUUGGGUGCUAGGGACCAGUUUCAUGGAAGAUAGUUUCCCCACCGUGGAGGUGGGGUGGGUAUGGAUUUGGGAUGAUUCAAGCUUAUUACACUUACCGUACACUUUAUUUCUGUUAUUAUUAUAUUGGAAUAUAUAAUGAAAUAAUUAUAUG